CUGGUUUUGACAGUAAUAAUGAUCCAUAAAAAACUGUAUAGAGGUUUUUCUGCGAACUGUAUGAUUGAAUAAUAAAGCUAACUAUAGUUUUUUAUUUAGUCAAAACUGUAAUCCCAUAUUUAAACUUCAAAUAAAAGUUCAACCAUAUAUAUUAAAACUAUGGUAAUACACAUACCAAUAUUUAUGCCAAAAUAAAUGAUUCCUGCACUUGUACUAGCUGUAAUAAAAUAUAUUGAAGUAAUUGAUUGUUAGGCAUACUACAGUAUUACAGUAGUAAAUACUGUGGUAUAAUGUAACAGCACAAUUAAGUGUCAUUAUCAUUGUCAAACAUCUAAUGGGUUUCACUGCAGAACAAGUUUCAAAUAAAACAAGACUGUACUAGAAAGGACUUUUCAAGCAUCAUAUAUCAAGUGGAUUAUUAGUGGGUUAUGGGCCACCAGGCCUACAGUGGUGCUUCAUGUGAGUAAAAGUACAGUCACUGUAGACAAUCUCAAUUGCUUCCAGAUGUGGCUUCUUUAAUGUUUACUCGGGAAGUUACACAAUCAUAUAAACAGUAAUUGUGUGUGAUGUGUGUCGCUCUAGAGAUCCGCCUACAGCUGUGGCGCGCGCUGCUGACUCGCGUGAGAAGAGCGCAGACGGUCUGCGUCGCGGUCAUGAUGCGGCCGCUCAUCGCGUUUCUCGCGCUGUGGAUGCGGUGUCAGAUGUGCAGAUGUGAGUUUGAGCUCACUCUUCUCCACACCAAUGAUGUCCACGCGCGCGUGGAGGAGACGAACAAAGACUCCGGCAAAUGCAGCAGCACUAGUCCGUGUUUCGCCGGAGUUGCACGAAGACACACGAAGAUCCAAGAAAUUCGCCGCGCGGAGAAGAACGUGCUGCUGCUGGACGCGGGCGAUCAGUUUCAGGGCACCGUCUGGUUUAACUAUUAUAAAGGCGAAGAAGCGGCACAUUUCAUGAAUAAACUCGGAUACGAUGCCAUGGCCUUAGGAAAUCAUGAGUUUGACAACGGUGUGGACGGCCUUUUGAAUCCUUUCCUCAAGAAAGUGAACUUCAGUGUUCUCAGCGCGAAUAUCAAAGCUGAUGAAACAAUGGCUCCUCGCAUCAGCGGCCACUACCUUCCGUAUAAGAUCUUCACUGUUAACUCAGAGAAAGUGGGUGUUGUGGGGUACACGUCAGUGGAGACCCCCGCUCUCUCUUUACCGGGUCCUGCUCUUGUGUUUGAGGAUGAAGUCGCUGCUCUUCAGAAGGAAGUGGAUAAACUUACAACGCUGGGCGUUAAUAAGAUCAUUGCUCUCGGACAUUCUGGAUUUGAAGCCGACCAAAAGAUUGCAAAGCAGGUUCGAGGUGUGGAUGUUGUGAUCGGAGGACACACCAAUACUUUCUUGUGCACAGGACCUUCGCCCUCCAGUGAGGUUCCUGCGGGUAAGUACCCGUUCAUGGUGAAAUCAGACAACGGGCCUGAUGUUCCAGUGGUCCAGGCCUAUGCCUUUGGAAAGUAUCUUGGAUAUCUAAAAGUGACGUUUGAUUCCAAUGGAGUUGUAGUGAAGUCUUCAGGCAACCCAAUUCUACUGGACAGCUCUAUAGCACCAGAUCCGGUCAUUCAGGCUGAAGUGAAUUCCUGGAAGAAGAAUCUGGCCAAUUACUCUUCUCAAUAUGUGGGACAAAGUCUGGUGUAUCUCAACGGGUCUUCCGAGGAGUGUCGAUUUCGGGAAUGUAAUAUGGGAAACUUGAUAUGUGACGCCAUGGUCCAUACCAACAUCAAAUACGCUGAUGAAAAGCAGUGGAAUCACGUCAGUUCUUGUAUUCUCAACAGCGGUUCCAUUCGGUCGCCAAUAGACGAGAGAAACGGAAAUGGUUCAAUCACAAUGGAAGAUCUGAUGUCUGUGUUGCCGUUCGGUGGAACGUUUGAUCUGGUACAGCUGAACGGAUCUGCACUGAAAAAGGUUUUCGAGCAUUCGGUCAGCAGGUAUGGAGAAAGCACUGGACGCUUCCUUCAGGUCUCAGGUUUUCAGGUGGUGUAUGAUUCAUCCAAACCGUCAGGACAGCGUGUUAAAAGUGUGAAUGUGCUGUGCACCGACUGUCGAGUUCCCCGAUAUGAGUCGCUUGACCCAAAGAAGAUUUAUAAACUGGUGAUGCCCUCUUAUCUGGUGAAUGGAGGAGACAACUACACCAUGAUCCAAGAACUGAAACUCAAACACGACAGCGGUGAUCUGGAUAUAGCAGUUAUCGCCAGUUACAUCACAGAGAGAAAGAGAGUUCAUCCGGCGGUGGAGGGACGAAUUCAGUUUGUCAGUUCUGCUGUUGGACAGCGAGGAUCUCUCCUGCUCCUGAUGUGGUCCUUCUGUCUCAUGUUUCUCUAUUAAACUAGACCUUUUUUGGUGGACAAGCUUGUGAAAUGACGUGGAUGUGUAGCCAUAAAUAAUCCAAAGUAUAAUUAGCGUCAUAGAAAGAGACAUUUAUAAUAAACACUGUGAGGAUUAACAAAACAUUAGUGAGGAUUUAAGAGCAACAUUGCUCAUUUAAUUCAUCUUAUUAUUAGGGGAUACACAGGGAUCUGUGUGCAUGCCAGAACUGAAUUCAAUUAUUUGCGCAAGUAGAUUACACACAAAGUCGAUACAAAGGCAUGAAUUGGGAGACGUGAUUGCCGCGAACCUGCGAUAUUCACCUCAGUCGCAUCUUCAGCACUAGUUUAGCAGAAAAUUCACGCAAAGAGAAAUUCAAAGCUUCAGUAAGAGUCCAAUGUUUAUGAACAAUUUAAUUGUAUGUGAGAUUUUAAAAACAAGUAUAUUUUAUAAACAAGGUACAAAUGAAGCAGAUAUAUUAAAAGUUAACUUUUAUUACUUUUAUUUACUAAAGCCAGAACAUUUACAAAAUACAUUUUCAGGGGUUUGCACACGUCUCCUACUGUUAUGAAAUCACAUCAAAUGUAGCACAAUGUUUCAUGUUUUUUAAGGGUUUUACUUUCUGUAAAUGUCUGAAAGGACAAUGUCUCUGUCACGUUAGAUCACUGUAGUGUGUUAAAUAAAUGCUGUUUUAGCCAA